CAAUUCAUAAAGCAGAGUGUCCAAUAUUUCGGGGUGAAUAGGAUUCUCUCUGUUUCAUGCUCUUGGAAAGGAGGAAAGCACACAUUCCUAGGACAAAAGGGACUAAAAAUUUCUACUUUUGCACAGUUCUACGGUGGUCCUCAGGAUAAAUGUGAGUGCAAUGUGAAGUUAAGUGUGGACAAUUUACUGCAUUAAUCGAUAUCCUGUUGUUUAUUGAUAAUUUUUCAAGUUUCACUUUAAUUGAAAAUUCAUGUUAAAUUCAUUUUCUUGUGUGCAAAUUAUUUGUGAGAUUGUUAGGUGAAAGCUAAUAUUUCUUGCCUAAUGUGCUUAAUCACAUGAACUUCCUUUUUAUACACUAAAAGUUUGUGAAUUCAGAACGUGCUUGGAAGGCAUAUUUAACUGCAAGGAAAAUCUAGUCUCGAAGGAAAAAAGGCCUGAAAAAAAAGCUCUCAAGGGAAAGCACAAGAACUUUCCCAAGACUUGAAGAGUCCUCCGUGUGUGUGUAUAUUUUUGUGUAUGAGAGCUUGAGAGUGUGUUCCGCGUGCUAUCGACAAGACAAUAAAACAUAAUUCCUUGUGAAGGGUGCCCUUUUAUCGACUACUUAAAGGCUGGGUAACUCAAAAAAAGGAUUAUUUGAAAUCACAGCUAUAUAUUGGUUGCCAUUCUUCAGGGUACACCAUGAAUGACGAAAGGGAAAUGACCAAGAAAAGCCGAUUGAAAAUUUGUGUAAAAAAAAUUUAAUUUAGACUUUUAAGUGUGAUUAUUUGGUUUUUGUGCAAAUUUCUCACUAUUUUUCUCCUGAAAAAAUAUCAAUGAAGGGGUAAUGAAUGUAUAAAUAAGUGAUUUUUGUAUUAUUUGAUAAGCUCAAUAAAAAGUUCCCACCGAAAAUGGCGUGCAUGCUAUGAUAAGAAAAUCGACAGUGAAAGCUUACCAGGCGCCUCCACCGUUUCGUGCCAUCUGAGAGUUGAUUUUGGAGAAGCUUUGUAAGACUUUAUUGUGUGGUUUGUGAGCACCAAAUUUUCCCAAAAUAUAUAUCUAAAAUUAGAAGACACUAUUUGUGAAAGUGCGUAGAGGGUGGCAAAAUGGUUUGGAAGAUGCUCGAUAAGAAAUGUAGAAAUUUACGUGAACGCAUGGUUAAAAUGUGAAAAUAUGGGCAAGGGCAUUGAAGUAGUAGUGAUAGUUAAACCCAGUGUACAGAAAAAUUUGAUACACUGCCAAGUAGAAUUGUGAGCCACAACCCAUCCCAAAAGGACAUGGAACAGCAUCAGCAAGAAUCCUCGAGCAAGAAGCAGAAGCGACUGGGACCAGCUCCCAUUGCUUCAGUGGAGUCAGUGGAUAUUGGGUCGUCGGAUGAGGUGAGGCAAAAAAUGGAGAGUGGUGGUUCUGGGGAAGGACGCUUGCCCGAAAUACGUGAACAUCCAACGACCCCGAGUACCAUACCAGGCGUCUCCACUGCAACGACAUCGAAAAGUGCUGGUGGAUCGAAUUUGAGGGUGUCUAUAUCGCAUCCCACCCCGAGAAUAGACAUUAGUAGAGCGUCUAGUUCCUCCCACCAGGACAGCCGCGAUAGCAGUCCGGAAAAUGUUUUUGAACAGAUCGGCACGGGAACACUUCAGGAGGUCGCUCCUUUUGGGUUGGGCUUCGGUGAGGAUGGAGCCUUGGAAUUGCGUAGCUCCACAGAAGAGCUCUACUUCAUGGAGCCGGAAAAGGGCAUGACAGAACGUGAAAAACCAUCACAACAGGGCCCCAGCCAGUCACCUAUCUUGUUCAAGUUCGACGAGCAACAGCAAGCAUGUCUUCAACAGAAUCAACGCAAGGAUUCUGCAAGUUCAGAAGUUGCUGCACUGCUUUGUAUUUCUGGGCGCACAAGUCGCAUCUCUAGCGUAGGAAGUCAGGGAUCAGCAGCAAGCCGGUUGUCAGCUGUCUCAGGGGUUUCACGAUCACCUUCACCACAUCGAAUGCUGCUUGAGACUUCAUUCUGUGGCCCUAAGCCUCUGGAUGGUGCAAUAGAAGGGGGCAUUGUAAUGAGUACUGAACCUCCUACUGUGGAGACCCUAGAACACAUAAUUCUUGCAAGAAAACAAGAUCCAACACAAGCAGUCUUGGCUGAGGGUAUCAAAAUCGACAUGUCCACGCCUAAGAAGACUGAUCCCAAGUCUAAUGGUACGAUUAUUGAGUCGACAGCGAAACGGAAAGAGCCUCUCAAAACAGCACCAGCGGCAGGAGGAAGUGUCGUAAGAGGUGCCCUUGCGAAAAAGACUGCUGCCGCUUUUGGACGACGUGAGCCACCUAAGGCAAUUCUAGGCGUCACAAAGAGUGGCACUGAGUACAUUAGAAUCAAACUUAAACCGGACCAUCUCUACCAGGACAAUGGACUGGCAGAGAAUGAGACUGUGAUUGAUGCUCCGCUUUCGGAGGUGCUCAAGAAACCCCUAUCGUUGAGUCUCAAGCCUCAAGAGACAAAGCGAACAGACGAGAUCACACGCCAUCCUGAGCAGAAAGCUCUGGCUUCGCCGAAACCAGCACGUCAUACUGCCCUUGCUAGAGACUCAGGUAGUCGUUCACCAUCCCCGGCAACAGUUACGAUCUCACGAAAGAGUUCCUUCUGCUCGUUGUUCAAAACUAAAGAUGCCACCGGAAGCCCUGAGUCACCAACGAUUUUUCACCGAAAAAAGAGCAAAGAGCCCGAUGACACCACAACACCUAGUCGAUCACGGAGUAAGAGUGGUGAUCGAGACGCACCAGCACAACCAACUGUGACGCCGAGCAAACAAAAAUCCGUGUUAGCAAUAUUUAAGCCACGUCGAAGUGGUUCAAAAUCCAAAUCUGCUUCACCUGUUGAACCAGAACCAACAUCAGGGAUUGAAAUGACCAACGUGGAAUUUCAAUUUCAAGCCUCUAAUCAACCACCACGACCAAGGAGCCAACUGAGAUACUAUGACACCCCUCUGGAUGGUAGUAGCAUUCAUAUUCCUCUUCAUACUCCUCCAGACGAGAAAGAUAAUUUCCAGUCCCUGCCCACGACAGCGAUACAAAUGACUUCAUUUACUCCAAUACCCUAUCAGCAAACCAUCCAUCCAACACCACUGCCAGAUAAGCCGAAAGAGACGCAAAAACCUCAACGAAUUGAAUACCCGGACGGAAGUAUACGUAUACCCUUGCAUUCGCCUACAGAGGAGAAGGAGCGCGAGAGUCUUUGGAGUAUCGAAGCACAACGUCAUAGCAGUCAAGAAAGCCAGGAGACAGUAAUAUCAACACAGGUGGCAAUGGAAAGACCAAGAAAGGUGUCGAAACCUUCUCUUACAGACACAGAACCCCUGCCCUUAGUGCAAAAUGGAUCAGUUGUUAGUGCAGAAUUGAUACCCUCUGCACCAUCAGCUCCACCACCAACUCCAGCUUCGGCAAAUGUAAAGGAGAAAAAGCAUAUUGUGUUCACGACGAAAAUAGGUAGCGGUAGUGAGGAACAGCUCUUUUGCACUCAAUUUAGUCUGUCAAAGACUGAAAGUCUUUCAAGCCAACUGUCGGAACAAACGUCUCAGCUUGAGAGCCCCAAAGAACCCCCUACAGGAUCUCAGAAGAGUCCUCCAAAAUUGGUGGCCAUGAGGCGCCAAAAAGAUUCAUCUGAUGAAAGCAGAAGGAAGUCUAAAAGCAGUAGCCAAUCGACAGAAUCUAUUAAAGAGGAACCCAUUGCCACACAGUGUUCGGUAACAGUUCAGAUGCCACAGCAAUCUAAAUUGCGAGAAGAAGCCAUCAAUACCAAUAGACAUUCACGCUAUAUUGAAAAUAUUGAUCAAAUUAUGGAAGAGCAGAAAAGAAUUCACAUGGCCAUACAACAUAGUAAGAAGUCAGAUCUAGCAUUUAAAGAGGAACCAUUCAAACUCCCAGAUGAUCAUUCAAAAUCAGUUUCCAAACCCAGCUCUGUGGAAAUAUCUCCAAAAGAGGAAAUAGGUACAGUGAAGGAGACACAAACACAAACGGUAACGGAAUGUAGUACCCAGAAGAAAGUUACCCCUAGAUUGGAUUCACUCAGAGGUUCAUCUGAAAGUGACCGAGAGGAUGCAACAGAUCCAACGGAUACACGUGGUAGGCAUCAUCUUACCCGAAGUGUUGCUGAAGACCAUGAAAGCGCUGGUCUUGUGUCACAGGAAUCUUACGACGAUGAACUUCCCUACGUACCUACAACUCUGCCUGAGGAACGAUCCGUUGGUGUUACUAUCAUUCCUAUCAAGGAACGUGCACAUAUGGAGCUUCGCACUUGUCCUGUUGAACGGCCUCGUUCCACAACGCCUAUUAAUCCCAGUUGCCUCGAGGAAUACUGUGGCACACCUGGAGCCGAGACACCAGAACCACCAACUCCCAAACUCCGCAUUUCUUUGCCUAGACGAGAUUCUCGUGGUGAAAUUAGAGGAUCGAAAUCUAAGUCUCCACGUCGUAUCUCAACCCCAUCCGGUAAAAGUUGGUUCGAAUUUGCUGAACAGGGAAUCAAGGGAAAUGUUGGAGAGGGAUCCAGAAGGAGUUCUGGUCAUCCAGAUGAUGAUACCCCGCCGCCACCAUUACCACCACGCAAAGGACAAUCUUCCAGUCAAUGGAUCAACUUUGAGAACAUCCCCGAAAAGAGAAAGCCUCCCAAAAGAAUAACAACUCUGCCUAGUGCUAAGGAUUCCAGGAGUGGGUCUCCACCUGUGCAGUACAAUUACGUAAACCCUGAAGAGUGUCAAUGCGAAUGUCAUGAAUCGGGUCGUGAUGGGGGAUCUGCUUCAACUACCAGACUACCAGAAUCUGAGGAGGAGGAACAAGCACCACCAGAAGAUACGCAGCCACUUCUGGAUGAAGGAGAACCAGGCGAGGUGGAAGGAAUUAGUGACUCUUCAAUGGAUCAUUUAUUGUCCAGCAGUCGGUCUUCAGGACCUGGAAAAUCUUUCUCACGGAAAUAAACUUAAGUAACUGAUUUUUCCAUUUCUGCAGGGAAUUGAUACUAUUUACUAUGUAAAGAGAAGCUAAUUUUUUGUGGAUUUAUCAUCAUUCGAGACUCCUUCAGUGCUUUUUGGGAGCUUUUACUACUUCAUCUGUCGACGUGCAUUCUUUUUCUGUGGAAUACACACCACAUUUUCUAUGGACAUUUUAUUUGAGAGAUAUUUGAAGGAGAAAAGUAAAUAUCUGUGAUCCGUGACAGAAUAAUCCUGAAUCCAUCCUUGAAAGUCCCUUAGAAAAAAAUCACUACAACAAAAAAAAAGACACUCAAUACACAUUAAGAAUUUCUCGUCAUGCUUCACAAUUCAUCUUUCACAAAUCUUCUUUCACCUCCUUUUCUUCUCUUCUAUAUAGCAAUACAAGACAAAAAAAAUCUAUAAUGUAAAAUGAAACUUUAAUAAUAUUCAUGUUGUAGGAUAUAAAAAGGAUAAAUAAAAGAAGGAAUUCAAAAACAAAAAUUAACACUUUAAGGAUAUCAUGUGAAACUUCCUUUUUUUAGAUAAAUUUUAUUGAAGGGUAUAAAUAAUUUUUUAGGUUUUUAUGGAAAACGAUCAUUAACCCAUACAAAACGGGUUUAAAAAUUUAUCUGAAAAUCUAGGAAAAUUUUACAAAAUUCAAUCUUUCUCAUCAUAUUUAUAUUUAUCUCUGGAUGUGCAUUUUAUAGCAUUGGAAAAUAAAAAGCAUUGUUUAAUAAAAAAGAAUAUCGCAUCGCAAAAUGUUAAAGAUGAGAGAAAAAACGCAAUAAUUCUUAUAUAUUCUUUGAAGUAUUAAAAAAAAUAAAUCGUACGUUUACGAUAUGUAAAUUCAACUUUGAAACUAAAAGUAAAAUUGAAAAUUAUAGUUAUUUAUAAAUGAUGAAAAAUCUUAUGAUUGGGAAAAGUAUUUAGAUAAAGACAAAUCAGUAGAAAAUAAUUAUGCUAUUUUGCCCAUUUGUUGUUCCUCUUCGUUCGAUGAGAAGAAAAGCAUGACACGUCAGCAUUAGAAAAUUAUCCGCUAAAGUUGCUUAUCAUUUUAAUUCAUUAUCAAAUUAAGAAAUUAAUAUUAUAAAAGAUUAGAAAAAAAACAGUUACGCAAUAAAUGUUUAUCACGGAUUUCCCUCCCGUAAGACGAGAAAAAAACAAUGGGAUCAGUGGAGAUUAUGUUUUUAAUUUACCAGAUUUCUUUUUAAUCUCAGAAAAGAUGGUAAGAAAAAUCACAUAGAAUUUUCUGAUUCUCUUCAUUCCCCUUUUUUAUUCGAAUAUACCAAUUGAAUUGAUUUAGCAAGGCGGAAAAUAACUGAAAAGGACAGAGAGAGAUUUUUCUGAAUCCACUUCAUCAAAAGAAUAAAUCGUCAACACGAAUUUAUCAUGGAAAUCGAGAACAAAGAAUGAAGAAAAGAAUAUUAUCAAUAUUGAAAAAAAUAUAACUUCGAGAACCUUAACAAAAAGAAAUCAACUUUAAUUGUACGACAUUCCUGAAAAAGUGUUCUUCGAGUGAACUCUCUUGUUAUUUAGAAAACGUAAAAAAAAUGAUAACCCAAAAAUUAUUAAUAAAAAUCGAUUAUUACUAUUUUAAAUCCUAUUGAAAUAUUUAAUUUAUUAUUAAUGACAAAGAAAUCGUGGUGAAAUCUUUGAAGAGCGUUUAGAAACAAAGGAUAAAAAAUAUAUUUAUGAACAUUUUGUGAUUGUUAAAGUAUUUAAAACAAAACUUAUUUCAUAAUCUCAAUAUUGACUAAUACCUACUUAUAAAAUAAAAUGAAUACAAAUAUUAUGAAAAAAAUCAUAUAUUCAUUAUAGGAAAGAUCAUAAAACAUGUGGCUGAUCGCAGAAAAAAAUGUAAAAGUCAUUUAUCAGAUGAAUCAAUAAAAAAAUACAUGAAAAGAUCGCAA